GGCCGUCCCGCUCCCCACCGCCAUUUUGGCCUGUGAGGAACAAAAGAGUUGAGGUGGCUGUUGGUUUGGAGCUGAUUGGAAGAGACUUACUAACCUGGAAUAAAUACUUUCUGGAGGAACAGUUCUGUGUGAGUUGCUUUCACCACCGUCCCAUUGGUCUGUCUAAUGUCCUACAAGGAUGAGUCCGGCAUUUGGAGCUAUGGAAGUGGAGCAUUAUUCCAAAGGCGUCCUCCUGGAGCCUUUUGUUCAUCAGGUUGGGGGUCACUCCUGUGUCCUCCGGUUUAAUGACAAGACCAUCUGUAAGCCCCUUAUUCAGAGAGAACAUCAGUUCUAUGAGACUCUUCCUGCUGAAAUGCAUAAAUUCACUCCUCAGUAUGAAGGAGUGGUAUCUGUAAGCUUUGAAGAGGAUGAAGAUGGAAACUUGUGCCUAAUAGCCUAUCCAUUAAAUGGAGAUCAUGAUAACUUGGAAAGUAUAGAUAAUUCUGACUGUGAACCCAAAAAUAAAUUGCUGCGGUGGAGUAAUAAAAAGACUGUUUUGCUAGAAAAUGAAAAGUUAACUAAAGAAUGGGUCAGGCAGCAUAGAAAAGAAGAAAAAAUGAAAAGGUGUGAUACAGACCACCGUGUUUAUCAGCCAGAUUCUGGCCACUUAAUGUUUAUGAAUAAAUAUCAUGGGAGAAAACUUUCAGUCCAAGGAUUUAAAGAAGCACUUUACCAGUUUUUUCAUAAUGGCAAAUAUCUGCGACGAGAACUCUUUGAAUCUGUUCUAAAGAAACUAACUGAAUUAAAAUCAGUCUUAGAGAAGCAGGAAUCCUACCGCUUUUACUCCAGCUCUUUGCUGAUUAUUUAUGAUGGGAAGGAAUUACAAGAUGUGGUGGAGGACUCGGACCCAGAAGACAUUGAAGGUCUUUCAGAAGAAUCAUCGGAUGAAUCCGCAUGUGCAUAUGCCUACAAGCCUACAAUUAGUUCCGUUGAUGUUCGAAUGAUAGACUUUGCCCACACUACAUGCCGGUAUUACGGAGAAGAUAGCGUGGUGCAUGAGGGCCAAGAUACGGGUUAUGUUUUUGGACUUCAAAAUUUAAUACUUAUUAUUAAAGAAAUAAGGGACGAAAGUAGCGAAUAAACAUUUAGAAUGCAAAACUGUAGAAAGCACUAUAAUGACUCUUUGUAUUCCAGAAAUACCGACCACUUUCUUGUGGUAGCAGCCUGUACAGCCUGUGUUGGGAGAGCCCCAUCAGAGUCAGAGCUGUUCAAAAGAGGGCAUUUCCAUUUAGUGGUGCUAGAUUUAGCACUGACACAUCUGGGUAUCUUUAUUAUUUAUUUUAACUCUUGUAAACAUUCCAUAUUUGAUUAUCCAGAUACCUCCGUUAUUCCUCUCUGUAUAUGUAUCAAUAAAAUAUUUUUGUUCAUUGUAAA